AUGACCAGUGCUCCAUGCGCACACAAAUUCACCAUUUUGUACCGAUUCCCAUCGUCGUCUGGGAGUCCAUCCCCUCCUCCCAUCGUACCAUCGUCGCCCAAUCUGGCGCAUCAAAACAAACCUGGGCCCUCCAACCCCUAUCUUGCCCUCCCGCCGCCUGAAGACAAGAUCCCCGACCUCGACAAACUGCCCUCCGAACAACCACCUUCACCCCCACCUACCACACCUGCUCGUACCAUGUCAGGACAUCACCACAUCACCCUCGCCGCCAACCCCCCCUACUUUGAUGGGGACAAGUCCAGAUAUAUGGGCUUUGACAACAUCCUCAUCGAGUUCCUCCAGCGCGGGUUGAGCAGCGAGAUUGCAAGUCGCCUUUACAACACUGGUGUUCCUCUGCCCAAGGCGUAUGGUGCCUUCAAGGACUGGUGUGUCAACAUCGAGGCAAACGCUCUAUGCGAUCAGCUGCGCAAAGCAUCGCAUGGGCACUCUACGCCACGACCACCCCCCCAAUUCCGCCCGCAGGCAGCCCCAACAACGCCUGCACCCGCCCCGGCCCGACCCGCUGCCAACGAACCGGUUCCAAAGGAAAUUGAUCGUACCCAUGCCCGCGGCCGCAAUAUCAUCUGCUACAACUGUCAGCAGCCCGGACACAUUGCGCGGAACUGUCCGGAACCAAGAAAGAAGCGCACAUUCUUCAAUCGGGCCACGAUGCUUGAAGAAAUCGAGAACGGGGACAAGGACAACGAGUUCCUCAAGGAGAUCGCCGAGAAGCUGCGCGAGAAGGGUUUUUGA